UCGUUUCCGGUUCCAGUCCCUGACCAAAACCCUUCCUUGUCGUCAAGUUUCUGACAAACCAGAGGUCUUUACCGGUGGCGGACAGAGCUGCUAUGGCGAAAUGGACACAGCAACACCGCUAUUUGAAACCCUGCCGGCAGCAUAAUUUUUAACUAUUUGCACAAAUCUGCCCAAGCCAUUAUACUUCCUCAUCCAUUUCCUGCUAGUCGAGGGCAAGUUUGCCAGCGGAGACCCAGACAAGUCGAGUUUCAUUUCAACUUUUGGCAGGGUUUAAAUGUGCUUGGAAAAAAGAAAGAAGAAUGGGUCGUAGCUUAUCAACUAGAUUGUUCAAUGUUUGUGUAGCUUCAUUAUGUAAAGCCCAUAAAUUGGAGAAAGCUGAAUCAGUUAUUGUUGAUGGUAUAAGAUUGGGAGUGCUCCCUGAUGUUGUAACUUACAAUAUACUGAUUGAUGCAUACUGUCGUUUCAUUGGACUUGAUGCCGGUUACUCUGUUCUUCAUAGAAUGAGAGAAGCUGGGCUUACCCCUGAUAUUAUUUCUUAUAAUUCUUUGCUAGCCGGUGCCGCUAGGAAUUGUCAAAUAGCUCGAUCUCUUGAUCUGUUCGAUGAAAUGAUGCAAAGAGGCAUAUUUCCUGACAUUUGGAGUUACAAUACUUUGAUGAACUGCUUUUUCAAGCUUGGAAAACCAGAUGUGGCCAAUAGGGUUUUUGAUAUUAUACUUGGUGAGCAUUCGCCUUCUAGAGCUACUUUUAACAUUAUGAUGAAUGGUCUUUGCAAGAAUGGGUAUACCGAUAAUGCUCUUAUGUUGUUUAGGAAUUUACAGCGCCAUGGAUUUGUGCCAGGGUUAGUGACUUACAAUAUUCUUGUUAGUGGAUUAUGCAAGAUUGGUAGAUUAGGGUCAGCAAGAAGGAUUCUUAAGGAAAUAGGGGAAUCGGGGCAUGUUCCAAAUGCCAUAACAUACACUACCGUAUUGAAAUGCUUCUUUAGGAAAAAGAAGUUCUUAGAGGGGCUUGAGCUAUUGUCAGAGAUGAAGGGUAGAGGGUAUACAUAUGAUGGUUUUGCUUAUUGUACGGUUAUCGGUGCUCUGGUUAAGAUAGGUAAGGUAAAAGAGGCGGCUGAAUACAUGAUGGACAUGAUGAAGAGUGGUAUUGAGCUUGAUAUAGUGACUUAUAACACACUGAUUAACAUGUAUUGUAAAACUGGUGAGUUUGAAGAAGCCUAUAAAUUGUUGGAUGAGAUAGAAAAAAAAGGGUUGGAGUGUGACAAGUAUACACACACAAUAAUGAUUGAUGGAUUGUGCAAGGCAGGUAAUAUAGAUGGGGCUGCGCAACAUUUGAAGUACAUGAAUAUGAUGGGCUUUGAUUCAAAUUUGGUUGCAUUAAAUUGUUUAGUUGAUGGGUUGUGUAAAGUCGGUCAGACUAAGGAUGCAAUGAAAGUCUAUAAAUCAAUGGAGGUAAGAGAUUCUUUUACCUACUCCUCUUUGGUGCACAACCUUUGCAGGGAAAGGAAGUACCAUUCUGCGGCCAAGCUCCUGCUAACUUGUUUACGAAGUGGCAUGAAAAUACUAAAGUCUGCUCAACGGGCUGUCCUGCUUGGUCUUCGCCAUUCUGGUUUUCCUGGAGAGGCAAAAAAGCUUAAGUCUAAGAUUCGCAUUUCUCGAAUAUUGAGUCACUGAUAAUUUAACCAUUACUUUCGAUUUCAGUGAUAGAAGCUGGAAGAUUAUUUAGUUCAGCUGAUUCAGAUUUGAUUGCAUUUAAUUGUUUGGUCGGUGGGUUGUGUAAAGUCGGUCUGACUGAUGAUGCAAUGAAAAUCUAUAACUCAAUGGAGGUAAGAGAUUAUAUAUACCUACUCCUCUUUGGUGCACAACCUUCACAGGGACAGGAGGAACCAUUCUGCA